AUGACCCGAGCCACCCAGAGACGUCAGCAAGCGACCGUUUUAGGUGCAUUCCGAAGCGAACGCAAUAAGACCAUAUCUUCGGGCUCAAGACCAUGGUGGCAAGGUCAGUUAGGUUAUCAAGGAUCUGGCCCCAGUCUUCGAGGUUUGGUGAAAUUGAGAUCUAUUAUUGGCGGCAGUAAUAGCACAAAGGGCUCAGCUAGAGCGUAUGGAAGGAUUUUUGGUCCAGAUUCGGAAAGUGGCCAAAAUGUGUUGAGAGGAACGAAGGGCGCUUUGUUCAUUACGGCUGAUGUUCGGAACCUAAAGCCCCUGUAG